CAAUCUUAAUGAUAUCAGUUGUCAGAUGUUUAUUUGAUCUGAAUGUUAAUAACUGAGUAUUUUUCUUUCUGCUAUUGGACACGGGAUGUUGACAGAUGGCCUUGGGUUAUGCGUUUGAUUGGAUUGUAACAGUCAAGACGUUGUCCCUUUGAAUCACAAGCAGUUGCCAUGGUGCAGGUGAGAGAGAUCAUGGGGCCAUGGGCAGCUCCAGGGUUGGGGUCAUUCUCUUCAGAUUUCGUCGUGUUCUCUCUGCUCUUCCUCCUCCUCUCCAUCAUCCUCGCCCUCUGCACUAACUGUAGAAGGCAUUCCUAUACGCUGCGGGAUGGUGGUGAGGAAGUGGACAGAACCCAGUCACAGCUGGUCAGAGUGGUGAAGCUAGAGGAUGCCUUGGCCGCCAGGGAGAACUCAAUGAUCAAUGACAUCAGAAAAGAUGAGAGUGAUUUCAGUCCCAGACCUGAGGACAGUGUCAUUGGUGUCCCAGAGCAGCCUCCUGCUGAGCAGGAUGUCACCUGGUUGAAACCCUGGAGGAGCCACAGGCAGGCACCUGAUCAAGGUGAUUCUCCAAGUGCCUUUCAGAUUGCCAACAGAACCCACAUGGCCAUGACGAUUAUAUCUCCUUCGCCUCGCACAACCGUCGACAUUGGUGACCUGAGUGAUGUCCUGAACUUCACACCUGAGCUCCACUUUAUCCCAGCCCCCAUUGCCAUGGUGGAAGUCGACACCCCCCUUGAAUCUUUAUCCCCACCUGUCUAUUCAGAGGACACCCUAGAUGCCACCAUCGUGAGCAGCUUCGAACCUGUUGCUGUCCCCAUCCUUGAACCUCUGGUUGUCCCCAUCGUGAGCAUUCUUGAACCCGUGGAAGUCCCCAAUGUGAAUGUCCACAUCGUGAGCAGUUUUGAACCUGUGGAAGCCCCCAUCGUGGAUCUCCCCAUCAUGGAUGUCACCAUUGUGAAUAGCCUUGAACCUCUGCAAGCCCCAAUUGUGGAUGCACCCAUCGUGAGCAGCCUUGAACCUGUUGAAAAUGCGGAUGCCACUGUCAUUAAUGACCUUGAUAUCCCGAAUGCUCCAGUUGGCUUAGAGAACCUGGAUGCCCCAGUCAUCAACAGUCUUGACACACUGGUGCUGGAUGCCCUCAUUGUAAACAGCCUUGAACCUGUGGACAUCCCUGUCAUCAAUGACUUUGACACUCCAGAUACCCCCAUGGUAAAUAUUCUUGACACCCUGGAGCUGGAUGCUCCCAUCAUAGACGUCCCCAUCGUGGACAGCCUUGCACCUGUGGAAUUCCCCAUCAUGAAUGACAUUGACCUCCUGGAGGCCCCUGCGGAGUUCAGUUCCAGCUUUAACCCUCAGCUUGAAGUAGAGGUUCAUGUGGAUGGUGAGGACCAGAACCAGGGGCUUUCCCUGUGUGUCUGACCCCAGCAUACCUAUGAGAUCAUUGGGGAGCCCAAUCCUGAUGAACACUCUGUGGAAGUGGACCUGGCAACCCCAAGCUCUCAAACCAUAGCUGAACUGGUCAAUAAAUCCACCACACAUUCUGACGAUGACACAACCACAGUCACCGAGCCAGCGGACCUGGCAAGCACAGGCUAUGAGACUAUAGCUUAACUGGUCCAGGAUUCGAGUGCAACCACACUGCCUGACGAUGACCCUAUCACAACCCCAGUCACAGAGCCAGGGGAUCUGAUAACCCCUGGGUAUGAAACCAUAACUGGUCCAUAAAUUAAGCGCAACCACACUGCCUGACGAUGAGCCAAUAACAACCACAGUCACAGAGCCAGAAGGGCUUGACCUUACAAGCCCUCUCUCAUUGGUAGAGGGUUUCUAUGACAGGGGGUGGAAUCCAAUGUACGCUAGAGUGAGAAGGAAGCCUAGUAAAAGUACCACGCCACCCCCUGUGCUUCCAUCGGAGGAUGAGGAACCGGAGGGAUUUUCACCUCCAUUACGAGAGAAGUGGAGAGAUGGAGGGAUGAUCAUCGUAGAAUAUCUCAUAAGACUUCAAAUGUGUGUUACAUCAUAAAUUAUAUUUAUAUAGACUCAACUGUGCCAUUUCUAGAUGUAACAUGUCUCAGAUGAUGAAGAUAAGGGUUGUACCCAGUCCACAUCUUAUACGAUCUCAUGAGACAGGUAUCCAUCUCACUGUCCUAUCCUUCUUAUACACCAUUUCCAGUCCUUUCAUUAGCUUUGCAUUAAACUCCGUACAAUGCUAUGCUACAUAUUCCAUAAGGAAGGACCCUAAGCCCAGAGUAGAACUGGGUCACCUAACAUGUUCCAGAGUAGGCUUUAUGUUUGUAUUUACUAACACAUUACAGGGUGAAGUGGCAAUUACACAGUAAUAAAGCAUUGAGUUACUGGUUU